CACAAAGAGAAAACCAAAAAAUGACAGAGUCAUUGAUAAGGAAGAAAGCUGGAAUGGCUAGUGUAAAAGACAUGCCAUUAUUGCAAGAUGGUCCACCACCUGGUGGUUUUGCACCUGUCAGAUUUGCUCGUAGGAUCCCUAAUACUGGUCCAAGUGCUUUAGCCAUUUUCCUUACUGCUUUUGGUGCUUUCUCUUGGGGUAUGUACCAAGUUGGCAUAGGAAACAAGAAACGUAGGGUGAUAAAGGAAGAAAAAUAUGCUGCCCGAAGGGCUAUCCUGCCCAUGCUUCAAGCUGAAGAGGAUGAAAGAUUUGUUAAAGAGUGGAAGAAGUAUCUUGAAGAAGAGGCGAGAAUCAUGAAGGAUGUUCCCGGUUGGAAAGUUGGUGAAAGUGUUUACAACUCUGGAAAAUGGAUGCCUCCAGCAACUGGAGAGCUUCGUCCUGAUGUCUGGUAAGAUGUUGGUAAUCUUCCAGGACGUGCAGCACGACAACUGCUUGGUUUCAGUGUAGCUGAGCACAUACUUUCCUUUGGAUUUCUUUCCUAAUUGGAAUAAUGAUGUAUCUGCAAAAUCUGUGCAAAUGUUUAGAAUGAUGUUAAAGGAUUUGCUUUAACGCGGUUAGCAUUCUCCCUCCUAUCUGCAUAGGAGUUUCGGAUUGUAAGAGACAAUGCAAGUUUCAUUUUCUCUAAUAGUUGGUUCAGAUCAUUUUACUGAAUAAUCUUGUCUCCAAUAUUCUAUCAUCUUCUAUAUUUUCAAAGUUUUAUUUUUCAAUUA